AUUAAAAGCGCAUGUCAGUCUUAUCAAUAAUAAAGUGCAGAACAAGGAACCAUCUAGAUUCUUUACUAUGUGGACUCUUUAUAUUUCAUUGACUCUGGUCUUCCGUUUUCUUGCAAUAAAUGGUCAAUUAAACGAGGAAAAAAGGAUUCAGGAGCUUGAAAAAGAUCUGAAAUCUUUACAUAACUUAGUUGACGAGCUACGUGAAGUCAUUCAUAUCCAAAAUGAUCGCAUCAAAGUUCUGGAAAAAAGAACCUUUAAACUAGAAGAUGCUAAUCGUGAAUACACCGUUAACAUCUCGGAACUGAAACAAACAACUGCCGCCUGCUUGGAGCAACAAAAAGAGGACACUGCGCGGAUUAAAAAUAUUGAGGACGCAGUCCAAAAGAUGCAGUACGACAGAACACCAAAAGACGACUCAUCUGUUUUAAGAAAGAGAAUACUUGGACCGACAACAGUUCCAUCGGAGGGCAAUGUCGCUUUCUAUGCCUACAUGUCCACCAGCCUGGUAAAUCCGAGUAGUUUUCACACUCUGAUCUUCGACACAGUCAUAACAAACGAUGGCAAUGGUUACCAUCCAAAUACAGGAGUUUUUAUUGUCCCUGAAUCUGGUCUCUACGUUUUCACAUGGGUUAUGAGGCAGUGGACUCAUGCGACACACGGAACAGAAUUGAUGGUUAACAAAAUCAGUUCUGGUUCGGUAUUCCUGCAUUCCAUGACUGACGACCACAGUGUUACGGGACUAGUUGUCAUUCACGCCAACCAGGGUGACGAUGUGUUUGUGCGCACUCAGGUUGACAAUAACUAUGGAAAUAUCGGGAGUGAUUAUCACGGAAAGACAUCCUUUGCUGGCUGGAAGAUAAACUGAUAAAUGCAUACGUUCGCGUUUUAUUUUAUAUGUACACAAAGAAAAAAAAAUAAUAAAUAAAUA